AUGAAGCCAGCAAAAAUACUAUGAUUGUUCAGGGGGAAGGUUUCCGUAACAGUGUAACCUUUUAUAUGACUACGAAGGGAUCAAAAAUGUCGACUAGUAGCACGCUAAGCAACUAUUAUGUAGACUCUAUAAUGGGACAUGAACCGGAGGAUGUGUACGGUGCUCGCUUCGUCCACGGUCCGCACACCGCGACCUCAAGGCCAUCAGGUGUAGGGGACAACGCAGAUUUUUCAUCCUGUAGCUUUGCACCUAAAACUGCCGUGUUCCCGUCGUCCUGGUCUUCGGUUCACCCGCAGUCCUCCGGUGCAGUGUCUGGGAUAUACCAUCCAUACGUUCACCAGUCUCAUCUCUCAGCGUCUGACAACAGAUAUGUUCGGUCUUGGAUAGACCCGAUUUCGAACCACGUUUCUUUUCCAGGCUUUCACUCCAACAGUCGACAUUAUGCAACAAAGAACGAAAGUUCACCACCGAAAAGGACAGAGACUGCGGUUGCCACUUUUGAAAGAGAAACUACUGUUGCCUCUGAUUACGCGUGUGGAGUAUCCGAGUGUCCCGAAAAAGUAGCCAAAGAGAGCAUUGGCAGUGAUAUUUCGAGUCACAGCGAGUCUAAAGAAGACAAACAACAACAACUUGACCCAAAAAACCCUGCUGCUAAUUGGAUUCAUGCACGUUCAACGAGGAAGAAGCGAUGUCCAUACACAAAAUAUCAGACACUAGAACUGGAAAAAGAAUUUCUUUACAACAUGUAUUUGACAAGAGACCGGCGUUAUGAAGUUGCUCGAAUUCUCAAUUUAACUGAGAGGCAGGUCAAAAUCUGGUUUCAAAACAGAAGAAUGAAAAUGAAGAAGAUGAACCGAGAGAGAGGUAGUAAGGAUCAAUAAAGUCCACGGAUUCUGUAGGUUGUGCUAGCCUAUUUGAUGCAUUAGAAUAAAACUUAAAAAUAAAUAUAAAAAAACACUCGAAGCUUUCUCUAUUAGUUAGGCUAAAGAAAACUUGUUUCGUGCCCGGAAUCUAUUUUUCAAAGCUCAGACAUGUCUUAAUAACAAAUAAUUUACAUUCUUGUGUAUUUAUAACCUGCCCACCAGGGAUUAAACCUGUGUUCAAUAAUUUGAAUUUCACUUGUUAAUGUUACAUUCAUUGUUUUUGUUUUCUCUACAAAUUAUGCAUUGCUCCAACUAUGACUAACUUACAACCGAGAGUCGGGUAGCUCCUAUUUCAUUUCAAUUUGAAUGUAAGAUUUGGUGUUAAAUUAACCAGUGGGGUACCUAUAGAGCUAGGUUUCAAUGCAAACAUUAUAUUGAUAUGUUUAAAUUGUGUUUAACCUUCUGCAAAUGUAACCUACGCCCAUCCUUACGGGCGCCAAACACAUUCAACUAACAUAUCAAUUUAUUAUAGCUUGAGAACAUCAAAGCCCAGUUAUAGCAGCCUAUUUGGAAACCUUUAGGAUUUGUAAACUUCUCUUACACAGACUUGAUCAUACUUCUUUGUGUUUUUACAUUUGUUACAAAUUAUGGGGUUUAAUCAUUCAUAGGCUACGUAAAAAAGACUCGAUAAAGUUAUGGUUACUCCGUUAAUCUAAUUUCUGUAGGCUACAUAAGGUUUGCGUGGAUUUCCCUUAAAAUGUAAGAGAGGCCUGCAUUGUUGAGGGGAAAUAGUAAUAAAGUCUUUACGAUUGUGAGAGGUGUUGCACGGAUUUCGAAUUCAUUGUCAAACCUGUACGUAUAAUUGCUUUAAAGCAGGAAGAAACGUGGUCCAAUAAACCCAUAUCGAUGGCUAGACGUCUGGUCUAAAUGAUUUUAUGGGUCAAGCUAGUAAUUGCACUCUCCUUUGAAAAUCUCUGCUUGGGUGUUUGAAUCCGUUGCUGACAAACAAAAAUGCAGACACUCUUCUACAGAGUGUCUGGACGAUGAAUUGUCUGUCUUCGUGACAGAGAGGAAAUCACCCCCACCCUAAAGUAUAGAAAGUCACGUUUAUUCUUCAACUGCAUUUCCAAUCGAGACAGCAAAACUUCACUUUGACUGCUGCUUGGUAGACUCCGAGAACACGAAAUCUUUAGACGAAAAUUAUGAUUUUUC